GAAAUUUUCAGAAGCUUUCGGUGAUUUGUGUCUUUUCAGAAGUUCUCAGAAUCGGAAAAUAAAGCACGUAUUUACUUUUGGAACAACAUAGGUACGAUGAAUGAAAACCAAAUUGUUGUUAGGCAUGAAUCAGAAGGUGGCAAGACUCCCACAACGCGUGACGAAUCACAAGAUGUUAGUACGAUUACAAAGACCAUUAAAGGCCGUGGUCCGUCAAAAGGUGUUAAAGUCGCUAAGCCUAUGUUCCUUGAGUAUAAUGUAUAUAAUGUCCCCGAUGGACAAUGGUCUCAUGAAUACGGGAAGCAAGUUGGGAGUUGUGCUACUAGAAUUAAUAUUAACGUCCCAUUAUAUCCAAAGGUAGAUGAGCAAAUCAAGAAGGGGUUUUGGGAGGAGACUAAGCUUAUGUUCCACAUUACUGAUGAUUCUAAUCAUUCGAGGGAGAAAUAUUUUCAUUCUUGUGUGGCGAAACGAUUUAGUUGUUUCAAGAGCAAGUUGGUGCGCCGAUGGAUAACUAUGAAGGAAAAGAAGCCAAAAAAUCAAACAAACAAGAUGCCUUGGGAUGUCUACAACCAUAUCACAGAGGAUGAUUGGAAGACUUUUGUUAAACAUUAUUUCCUUCCAGAGUCAUUGCUUCGUAGUGAAAAGGCGAGGAAAAGUGCAUCAUGCAACAAGAACCCACAUCGCACCGGCCAAAAGGGUUAUAAUAGAAAGCGACUAGAUUGGAUAAAGGAUGGACGACUUCCACCAGAUGCAGCUUUACCUAUCUCGAGUAGCUCCUCGGUGAACUCAUCAGUGACCUCAAAUGUUAAUAGAGUUAGAAAAUACAGAUCAAAGGAGUGGAUUUUGGCCCAUCAAGUACAAAAUAAAGAGGGAAAGUGGGAAAUUGACCCGAACGAUACAGAAGUUGUUGAAAUCGCAACAAAAGCUGUAAGUAGCGAUAAUUAA